AUGGUUCUCUCAGAGUACACCUACAUCUUCGCCAUUGGCACCAUGUUUGCCAUGUUGGACGCCUACAACAACGGUGCCAACGAUGUCGCAAACGCCUGGGCUACCAGUGUUUCCUCCCGCUCCAUUAGCUACCGACAGGCCAUGAUCUUCGGUACCGUCUUCGAGAUGCUCGGAGCCAUCACUGUCGGUGCUCGUACCGCCGAUACCAUCAAGAACAAGAUCAUUCCCAACGAUGCCUUCAAGGGCGAUGCCGGUGUCCAGAUGCUUGCUUUCACCUGCGCUCUCGCCGCUGCCUCCACCUGGGUCAUGUGGUGCACCAAGCACUCCGCUCACGUUUCCUCCACAUACUCUCUCGUCUCUGCCGUCGCUGGUGUCGGUGUCGCUACUGCUGGAGCCAGCAAAGUCCAGUGGGGAUGGAACGGUGGUCAGGGUCUCGGUGCCAUCUUCGCUGGUUUGGGAAUGGCUCCCGCCAUUGCUGCUGGUUUCGGUGCCACCAUCUUCAUGCUCAUCAAGACCGUUGUCCACAUGCGCCAAAACCCAGUCCCCUGGGCUGUCUACAGCUCUCCUCUCUGGUUCUUGAUCGCUGCCACCAUUUGCACGCUCUCCAUCGUCUACAAGGGUUCCCCCAACCUUGGUCUCGGCAAGAAGCCCGCCUGGUACAUCGCAUCCGUUACUCUCGGAACCGGUUUCGGUGUCUGCCUUCUCUCUUGCCUCUUCUUCGUUCCCUUCGUCCACGCCAAGAUCAUCAAGAAGGACCACAGCGUUAAGUGGUGGAUGUUCGUCAUGGGUCCUCUUCUCUUCACCCGCCCUGCUCCCGAGGGCUCUGAGGUCGCCAAGGUCCCUGACUACGCCGUUGUCCAGCACGACGAGGACAUGGAUUCCGCUGCCUCUACUCGCUCUGCCGACUCCGUCGAGGCUGAUGCCGAGAACGAGAAGCGCGCCGUCGCCACUGAGACCAACGUUGGACAGUUGAGCUACAAGGAGCUCAUGGCCCGCGGUGAGGAGCGCUUCCACGCUAAGCUCCGCAAGGGACGCGGUCCUCUCGGCUGGGCUAUGCGCACUCUCCACAACAACCCCAUGGGCUCUGGUGAGAUCUACGAGCGCAAGAACAUGAUCUUGGCCGUCAAGCGCCUCCCCGCCCAGAUUGUUGUCGGUCUCCUCUACGGUCUUCACUACGAUAUCCACGCUGCUCAGUCUGGUGUUCACGGUACCCCCGAGGGUGAGCGCAUGGCUCGCGUCUACGAGAUGGCUCCCAAGUACCCCAACGAAGUCGAGCACACCUACUCUUUCGUCCAGGUUCUCACUGCUUGCACUGCCUCUUUCGCUCACGGUGCCAACGAUAUCGGUAACUCUGUCGGUCCCUGGGCUGUCAUCUACUCUGCCUGGACCACUGGCGAGGCUGCUAAGGCCAAGGCUCCCGUCCCCAUCUGGCAGCUCGCUGUUCUCUCCGCCUGUAUCUCCGUUGGUCUCAUCACCUAUGGUUACAACAUCAUGAAGGUCAUGGGUAACAAGAUCACCUACCACUCCCCCAGCCGUGGUUGCUCUAUGGAGAUGGGCGCUGCCAUCACUGUCCUCGUUUUCUCCCAGUACAAGCUCCCCGUCUCCACCUCCAUGUGCAUCACUGGUGCCACCGUCGGUGUCGGUCUCUGCAACGGUUCCCUUAAGGCCGUCAACUGGCAGCGUGUUGGUCUCUUGAUGCUCUCCUGGAUCAUGACCAUCCCCAUCGCCGGUACCCUCGGUGGCUGCCUCAUGGGCAUACUCCUCAACACCCCUCACUUCUCUUCUUAA